AUGCGUUACUUCAUCACUGCCACAGUCCUCAUCGGCGCCGUGGCUGCCCAAACCACUAGCGACGUCGUGUCCUGCAUCGAAUCGGCCAUCGCUAACGGAGACACCUCAUUCUCCGACUGUGACGGCAAGUCCGCCCAAGAUUGCGCCUGCAGCAACAGCGAUGCAUUCUCCGCCCUAAGCAACUCAACAGAGGCAUGCACAGGCAUCGACCUAAGCAAACUGACUGACAGCCUCUGCGCAGACACCUCAAGCCGCGAGGCCACCCCGUUCCGCCACGCCAGCGCACCAAUGGAGCGCGUGCAAGCGCCCAACGCGCACAUGAACAUGAACGAGAAGCGCGCCUACGCACCCGCCGAGCCAGCCAUGCCCCGCGUCGUCUAUGUGACUGAAACUCGCACCGAGUGCAGCUGCAAGGCAACUCCCACACCCAGCGACCCCAUGGCUCACAUCUCGCAGAUCCCUGUUGAUGUGCCGGCCAGCUCGAGCAUGGGUGCUAUGAUGGCUGCUUCUUCCGGUGCUAUGCCUUCUGCUUCUUACUCGCACGGCAUGAUGGUUAAUGCUGCUUCUUCGUCUGUUGUCUUUGGAUCGCAGGCUUCUGCUGCUACGCCGUCGCCUUCUGGUGUUGACGCCAACCGUUUCAACUCUUUCCAGGGUGCUGGUACUAAGAGUGUUUCCGUGCACGGUGGUGUUGCUGCUCUUGGUGUUGCUGCUGUUAUGGCUCUUAUGGCUGCUUUGUAA